AUGUUCAAUAAUCCUAAUGAAUUUUCUGCGAAAAAUAAUGUCAACUAUUUAUUAUUUAUGAAUAAAUUGAAAUCUAUUUGGCCUACACCAUUAAUUGUACCGCCUCCAUGGGUACUUUUACGUUUAUUUCAAGAAAGAUCGGACAAUUUGAAUAUAUUAUCUAAUAAUCAUAAACUCAAUGAAGAAAAUCAUACAUUUUCUUCGAUUAACGCAGUGAAAAUUAAUGAUAAUCAACUAACUGGAUUCAAUAAAUCUUCAUCGUUUCCUCCAAAUGUUCAUAAUUCUACGUGUAGUAGUAAUAGUAUUAGUAAUACUGUUAAACUUGUGAACAAUAACCCAAAGAUAUCUAAAGAAACCACUAACAAAACUGAUAAUAAUAUUGAACGUGAACGUAGUUACAGUUGCCCACAAUGUGCAAAAUGUUUCACAUCAAAUUCUGGAUUAAAACAACAUAUGCAUAUACAUGCUUCGUUUAAACCAUUCACUUGUCAGGUAUGUCAUAAAGCUUAUACACAAUUUAGUAAUUUAUGCCGACAUAAACGUUUGCAUAAAUGUUGUCGACAAAAAUCAAAUUGUUUAUCAUGUGGACAUCAAUUUGCAAAUAGUUAUUCAUUAUUAAAACAUCAAAUUUUAACUUCAUGUCAUAAUAAUGUUACUUUAAACAACACUAUUCCUACUGAAAAGAGUGUUAUUUUGGAUAAAAAGUCCAACUCAUCGAAUUGUCACAGUUCAUAUCAUCAUAAAAAAUCAAUAUCUUAUCAUACAAAACAUUUAACAGAAUUAAAACGUAAUGAAUAUGAUAAGAAAUGUAAAAGCAGUGAUUUAAAUUCAUUUCAUUUAAACAAUCAUUCAUUAAAAACUAAUAUUCCUAAUGAUGAUUUAGGGUCACAAAUGCAUAAAAUUGAUACAUUUUCUAAAGAUAAUGAGAAAUUGCAACAAAUUAAAAAAUCCACAAAAAAUUAUCAUCAUUUAAAAGAUUCAUCAUUCACAUUGAAACAUGUGAAUACUGUUGAUGGCAUCAGGAAAUCAAUGAAUUUGAAUGAAACACUUUCAAGAAGAAGUGAUAUGAUUGAGAACGAUAGAAGUGAUUGCAUAAUGAAUGGUGGUAAAGAUCUAAAGACAGAAGAGAUCAAUUUCACAACACUUAGUCAUAAGUUGAAUAAUGAUGAAUUUAAAAAAAUCAAUACUUCUUCAGAUCCAAUAGAUUUAUCUCAUUCAAACAGAGAUGAAAAAGUAAACACUGAAAAUUAUUCCCACAUCGCAAUUUCAAAUAGAAGAAUGAUUGAAGAGGAGUUUGAUUUAAAUAAGGUGCCGCCUUCUAAAUCAUUUAUUAACACAAAUAAACAAUUGAUCAAAUCAGAUACAAAGAAUACUACUACAAUUACAUUUAUGAAAAAAAACACUAUACAUGAUGAUAAUGAAUUUCAAUACCUUUAUAGAAUUGCAAAUCUUGCAAUGUGUACUACACCUCAACAAUGUUGGACAAAAUCUAUGAAUCAUGAAAAACAACAACAACAACAACAACAACACAUUGAAAACUUUAACAUUGAACAUUGUACCAAUGAGCAGUCAUCAUGUAUAAAACGUUUAUCAUCAUCAACUAUUAUUUCUAAUAAUAAUAAUGAUGAUAAUUUGACAAGAUAUUCUUCAUUAAUUUCAUCACAUAAUUUUUUAUAUGAAAAUUAUUAUACAUGUAAUGUUUGUUUUAAAAAAUUUCCACGUGCAGCUAAUUUAAAUCGACAUAUACGUACACAUACAGGUGAACAACCAUAUCAAUGCCCACAUUGUGAUCGAUUAUUUAGUAUUUCAUCAAAUAUGCAAAGACAUAUAAGAAAUAUACAUAGUAGAAGUUUUAUUCAAUUCAAACUUUUCUCAUUCUUAAGCUACUUAAUCACUAAUAAUGGAUCACAAGGUACAGAUUUCAGUGCAGUGUAUCAUAGAAAGAAAUAUGAAAACAUCAUGUAUUUUUGA